CUGCAAUACAAAGAAUAACUCGAAACAAGGUGCUGGUAGUACAGCACGUCCAUUACAACACGCAUAUCGUUGUGAUUUUCCCCUACUUUUUAGAUGUUUAAAAUGAUUUCAACAUGAAUGUAUAGUACACGUGGACAGGUGUGAUGUUUAAACACCACGAAAAACCCUUAUCGUCUCCUUCUCUGUUAUGAAACUGCUGAUUAAAUCUUUGCACAUUUCUUGACUACACUUCAUACACAGGAAGAACCUGGCCGUAAUCAUUUGCUUUUCUAUAUGAGGCAUGUGCUUCUACUCCACCAGAGGAGCUUUGGCACUCAUGAGCAGCUGCUGCUUGCUGAAACUUUGCGGAUUUAUCUUCUCCAGUCAGAAAAAAACAGCAGAAUGUACAACACAUCAAACAUGGAGGAUGAGAAUUACUAUGGGAACGACAGCUAUCCAGGAACUGGGGCCUCUCCGUGUGACAAUUACCUGGGUGCAGCAAACAGCCUUGCGGUUGUGAUUGGCUACGUUGUUGUCUUCUUCCUUGGUAUCAUGGGGAAUAGUGUGGUGAUGUUUGUUGUGUGCACCAUGAAGAAGCACAGAACAUCUACUGACGUCUACCUGAUGCACCUGGCAAUUGCCGACCUGCUGUUCUCGCUCACGCUGCCCUUCUGGGCCAUCUACACCAGCAAAUCGAAUUGGGUUUUCGGGACUUUUCUGUGCAAGUUGAUCUCGGGUGUCCAGGAGGCGACGUUUUACGGCUGUGUCUUCCUGUUAGCGUGCAUUAGCAUCGACCGCUACAUGGCCAUCGUCAAAGCCACUCAGUUCCUCUCAAAACAGCAGCGUGUAGUGAGGUCAGUGUGUAUUUUGGUAUGGUUAGGGGCCAUUGCACUGUCGAUUCCAAUCGUUGUUCAGCGAGAAGCACUGGAUAUAGACGGCAAUAAUAGAAUGCAUUGCUACGAGAACAUUACAGCGGAGAAGAUGGACGAUUGGCGUGUAGGAUUGCGAGUCCUCCGUCAUGUCCUUGGCUUUUUCUUUCCACUUACAGUCAUGGCGGUCUGCUAUGGCUGCACAGUUGGAACCCUCUUUCGCUCACGUAAUAGCCAAAAACACAAAGCAAUGAGAGUGAUCUUGAGUGUGGUGCUGGCUUUUAUCAUCUGCUGGCUGCCUAAUAAUGUAGCUGCGUUCGUGGACACGCUGCUACGAGGUGGGUUUAUCACCGACACAUGCGAGACUCGAGAUAAUCUGGAGGUCACCUUGUAUGCCACUCAGGCUUUGGCCUUUAUGCACUGUGCCAUCAAUCCCAUCCUCUACGCCUUUGUGGGCAAGAAGUUCAGGAACCAUCUGCUGACUUUGCUCUCGAAAAAGGGACUAGUGACCAGGGAAGUGUUCAAUCGCUACCGAGCUGGCUCAGUCUACAGCUCAGGAAGCACCAGACACACUUCUGUCACACUGUAGAGCUUCCAUGAGUUGUACUAAAAGUAGAUUUCCAACAUGAAACAAUAUGUGCUCACCAAUAUCUGCAUCUUGGAGUGCCUAUAUGGCAAUAAGAGUAACUCUGUGUGGGUCUUAAAGGGCAUAAAUGGAAGUAGGUGUGUCUUUGAGUCCAUAAAUAGUUCAAGUUUGCCAUUCAUGUGCUUGUAUUUAACAUUUUAACACAAGCUUCAUAAUCUAGUGCUAAUGGUACUUAGCUAGCUAUCAUGAUCAAACCGGACAGGAUUUCUGCAAGGACUUUUCAGUCAUGUUCAUAACUGUAUCUAAUCUUUAAAAAGUCAUUAUAAAUGUUCUCAAUCUUCACAGCUAACAGUAGUUAGCUAGCUAUCAUGCUCACACCUGACAGGAUUUCAAAGAGAAUUUUUAAAGUCAUAUUCAUAAAUGUUCAUAGUCCACAUUCUAAUGGUAACGAGAGCUCAAAAAAUGUUUAAAUUCAUUUAAACAUUUUUUUUUUUUUAUGAAUGUCAUAUUGAUAAAUGUUCAUCUACGCAACUAACGGCAGCUAGCUAUAGCUAACGUGAUCCUGACAGGAUUUCUGUGAGGAUUUUUCAGUCGUAUUCAUGAACGUUCAUAAUCUAUACAGCUAAUAGUAGUUAGUUAGCUAACACGAACAAACCUGACAGGAUUUCUAGCAGAUUUUUCAGCCACAUUCAUAAUAUAACGUUCAUAAUUUCAAUCGUUCAGAACCUUUGCCGCUAACGCUACCUGCGGACUAAACCAAGGCAAUUAGAUAUCUAAGCUAUCUUCCCUCACUGAGUGCAGCCAGAUCUUUCUGGCUCAGAUUCAUUUCUUGAUUUUGUAUGUCGUCUCUCUAAGUAUCUUGAUUGUUAUCUUGAUGAUUAUUUAGUUCCUUUCAGACUUAAUUGGUGAAUCCUAACCAAAACCAUGAUGUUCUACGUGGAUGUUCUAUAAACCCAUAUUUUUUUAAAAUGUAAAAACACCUAAAGAACCACCUGUCAUUGUGAGAAAGCGGUUUUUAGGCACCAUUUUAUCAGCAUUGUUUAUAUUCCUAAUAAUAUUGGUGGUACAAAAUAAGACAAUGCAUUGUACAAGCCAUGUAUGAUUCGGUUAGAGAGACUUGGGGUAGAGUAUAGUUUAUAAAGAGGAUGUAAAAAGAAGAACUGAAAAAUACAUUUCUGAUGUUUGUGUUCUUGCCUUUCUUUCUUUUUUCCCUGAUUGACAUCAUCAGUGUGUUGAAUAUUAAAAUAAAUCUGUCUUUUUCACAUAUGUUUCUACAUUUCUUGCUUUAACCACACCCAAGGGACAUGGGGUGAACAAUAAAUGAACCAAAAAAUCCCUCAAAACCCUUAUCUUACUUUGCAUAGGGAGGGUUUACUCUUUACACUUGGGAGAGUUUUUAAAAUAGAUCCACUUAAUACUAAAUAUGAUUUCUUAAAAUUAGUCCAAGCAGUAAGGUUUCAUAUUUGC